GAAAACUAUGGCCUUCACACCAACUGCUCUGGUUUUCAUGAUGAUUAUUGCAACGGUCAGAGCAACUCAUCAAGAAUGUUCAAUCGUUCACCAUUUACUAAAGAAAGAAACUGAGUGCAAGCUAAAAAUGAAGAGCACUGAAGUGAAUUUACCCAGAAAUCAAACUGAAGGGUGUGUGAUGGAGUGGGAUGGAGUGAGCUGUUGGCCGGCUGCCUCUGAAGGACAGGUUGUCUCCGUCCGCUGUCCUCUGCCUGGUUUGAAGUCUGAAAACGCUCCAGUUUUUAUUACAAGGACAUGUACGGACCAAGGGUGGAGUAAAAUGAGCUUGUCAUACUACGAAGCCUGUUUCUAUGAGGGUUUUGAUAAAGAAGAAGACAUGAGGGAAAAGACAGAAUACUUUGAUACUCUGAAGCUGAUCUACAGUGUUGGAUAUGGACUGUCUAUGGCUGCUCUUCUGGCUGCUGUUCUGGUUUUCUGCUGCCUCAGAAAGCUGCUCUGCACACGCAACUACAUCCACCUCCACCUGUUUGUGACCUUCAUCCUCAGAAGCCUUGCUGUGUUCAUCAAAGAUGCGGUGCUGUUUGCAGACAAAAACAUGGACCACUGUACAGUAUCCACAGUGCGGUGUAAAGUUGCAGUGACCUUUUUCCACUUCUGUGUCCUGGCUAAUUUCUGGUGGCUGCUGGUGGAGGGGCUGUACCUGCAGACGCUGCUGCUCUUCACCUUCACACACAGCACCAAGCCCUUCUGGAUCUUUGCCAUCGUAGGCUGGGGUACUCCAUCAGUCACCAUAGUCAUGUGGGCUCUGUUAAAGGCACAGUUUGACAAUGAAGGGUGCUGGGACAGCCUGGAUACACAUCUGUGGUGGAUAAUAAAAAUUCCCAUCCUGCUCUCUAUAUUUAUAAACUUUCUGAUCUUCAUAAACAUUAUCAGGAUCAUCGUUCAGAAGACAAAGGCCACGCCUGUGAACCAAACUGAGAGACGACCGUUUAAGAGGCUGGUUCGCUCCACUCUCCUCCUCAUUCCUCUGUUUGGUGUGCAUUAUGUGGUGUUCGCCCUUUUCCCAGAACAUGUUGGCACCGGACCUCGACUCUACUUGGAACUAGUUCUGGGCUCCUUCCAGGGUUUUAUUGUUGCUGGUUUAUACUGUUUUUUUAAUGGAGAGGUCCAAAAAGAAAUUCAGAGGGCGGUGACAAAAUUCUGGCCUGAGAGUAAAACUAAUGCCAUCAAUCUGCCAACACAAGAAGAAACUCAAGAACAAGGCAAAUGACUGGAUAUUGAUCAGGACAUUACUUUGUUACCGGAUUAACCACGG